AUGUCAGUUGGAGGUGCUGGUGCAUAUCCAGAAACAUCAGAUGCAAUGGCCGCUCGACUCGUAUCCGAGAGAGGAGUUUAUAUCACGUUUUCGCAAGGAAAUGAUGGAGCUCAAGGUCUUCAAACAAGUGGAAGUCCAGCUAUUUCAUCUGGUGCAAUGGCAAUAGCUGUUCGAUGUGAUAAAGCAGCAGUAGCCGGUGCAAUUGGUUGUCUCAUAUAUAAUGUUGGUGCCAUUUCAGGAUCUGCGAGUAUUCCAAGUGGAAGCAUUAGUUUAGCAGAUGGUCAACGCAUUACUGCAAUAACGACAGAAAAUCCUUCAGCUGUGUUUACAUUCACCAAUUUACUUGAAUUUGGGCCUGUUCCAACAGCCGGAACACCUUCUCGAUUCUCAUCACUUGGUCUCACAGGUGAUCUAUUAUUUAAACCACAAAUUAGUGGUAUUGGUGGUUAUGUUUAUUCAACAAUUUCAUCCUUCGCUACCAAAGCUCAAAAAUUGCCCACUGCAUAUGCUUCCUAUUCUGGUACAAGUAUGGCUUGUCCUUAUGUUGCUGGGUAUGUAUAAAUUUGCUUUUAUCACAUUCACAUUAAGUUUAGCUUCGUUAAGAAAACCGUUCUCUUGAUUCAAAUGAGAUAAACUAUUCAUCUAUCGAAAUUUGAUGAGAGCCGAACCAUAUCAUUC